AUGCCACCCCCUCGCCGGAACUCGAAACCCGUCUCCUCUGGCCGCUAUCUCGCGCUGCGCCACCGCCGGGACCGGCUCAACGCCCUGAGAGGGAUCCAGCUGACCACGGACAGUGACAAGAGUCCACUGCAGCGGGGAGAGCAACGUCUCCACAGCUCAUAUGUUCCCGGGCUCCGGGCAGGCACCUACACUGUAGAGGUUGAGCAGACGGUCCUUGCGACCACGGAGAGCAGCAAGACCUUUGACAAGCAGAUCCAACGCUUCGAGGUUGUCGCUCCGCGCUUUGCAUUGCCCUCCGACUGCAUCUACUCCACGUUCCCAGCCAAUGGCACGAGUGCACCAGUCACCUGCCUGCCCCACGUCGUCCUCAACGAUGCCAUCCUGCCUUGGGAGCGGGUGGCCGACGACCGACCGGCCGCACUGCCGGCUCGCGACGAGGAUCUCCCGAACCGUGUCCCAUGGCUGGUCUGUCUGACCUUUGAGGUUGACGAGCUCCGCCUUGGACAAGAACAGCUCAAUGGACCCCAGAGCCUCUUCCCCUCGCUCCCGAACCCCGAUACCAAGCGCACCCAGUCCCCGACGGGAGAGGUCGAUUUGGAUCUCAAAGAGCUCCUCCAGCUGAAUCCCAGUCAUGCAACGACCCCGGUGACCCAAAUUCGAGAUGCAACAGAAACAAAAGCAAGCGUCAUUGCCAUCCCAGGACGCUUGUUCAACAGUCUUGUCACCGCCUAUGACUCUGAAGGGGAACCCCAUCCGGACCAAAAGUUUUGCGAUACCUCGCGGUAUCGGCUUCUGGCCCAUGUGCGGGAGAUUCACACCGAGGGCAUGGCGCACGCCGGUGCUGAGGAUGAAGCGAUCGACCGUCGCUUUGGAAUCGUCGUCUCCCACCGAACAGGACCCGCCCGCCGCAAGACGCCGACCAUGCUCGUGUCGCAUCUCCUCUCGAUCGAGAGGGUGUCGGCCAUGCCAUUCCCCGUCGAUGAGAACAAGCGAGUCGUGCUUCCAUCGCUAUUCAGCUGGACGCAUAUGUGUGUGCCGCCGGAGAUGAUGGAUAUCCCGGGAUCAAUGGACCACCUCGCCGAGGGAAGCGCCAUGCUACGCCCGUCCUUACCAGACUCCGUCAAGACCUCUGUUUCGGAUCCCACGGUGGCCGAGGAGAUGCUCCGGCGCCUGAAAGACGGCUAUUCUCUCGUGCGGUGGCGCACGCAAACUGGUGAAGAGACGGCCGCUUUCACUCGGGGACCUCUUGUACCGGCAGCUGUGAAAGCUACUCUAGAGAACACACUAUCCAACGCAGGACAGUCGUUGCAGAUCCUGGAUAAGAAGCUUGGCUUGAUGGAUCUCUCCUAUGCGACUGCGUGGAAUCUAGGGCGGACCCUUGCAAUGGCGGACCCAGCCUUUACUGCGGCCCUGUGUCGCGUCCGCAAAAUCGUCUUGCAGCGGGGGAGCGACAAAGCCAAGAUCCAAGUCAUGCGGGCCACUGGAAUGCCAUUCCAGACCAAGCGCGAGCUGGUGGCGAGUCUGCAAAGCCUCACGGAACGUCUGGCAGACAUGUCCACCGUGGCCGACCUCUCUCGCGAGAACCGUUGGAGACGGCCAGGUAGCAGUGUCCUCCCCGUCCAUGCCUUGGAUAGUACCCUCGUUGCGGCCGUCUAUCAAGACGAGCUGGACCGGGCAGCCUACCAGGUCGCGAGUGGCUAUACUGAUCGUCCGACCACCGAAGAAGACGGCGUGAUGCCUGCCCCAUACGACGAGCUGAAUAUCCCGCACUCUGCAGACUGGGUAGUGGUGCUACAGUUCGCUCUCAACCUCCGGUUCCUGAUCCCAGUGCCCUUCCACUAUCUGGUCUCGGACAUGGCCGCGUUGCCGCAGGAGAGCCUUCGCUUCUUCCACAUCGACAAGAACUGGAGCCACGCUCUGCUGGAUGGAGCUCUCAGCCUGGGCAAUCAUGUCGACCGGGACUGCGACCGUGUGCGCGAUGCGAUGCACAAAGCCAUCCAGCGAUAUCAUCAGAAACCCCAUGCGGAGCUCGACGAUGUGCCCCUCGUGCCCGAGUAUGGUUUCCUCCUGAGGUCGACGUUGGUCACUCAGUUUCUGGACCUCAAGGUCACUGUCGAGUCGCCGACAGGAGCACCGACCAGUUGCGUGCUUAUCCGGCAGGAGGUGGUCGGCCCUGGGAUCAUGCUGGGCCUGCUCAGCCAGGUUCCCGACUCGAACUAUCGACUCACCUUCACGCAGCCUGCACAUCAGCAGUGUUUUAGCAUCGGAAAAAGCCUGGACGCCGAUCAGGUCAUCAUCCCGUUCAAGAAGAUCUACUCGGAGGAGGGCCAUGACUCCGACGUGGACCGUGGCGAGCCAUUGGAUAGCUUCUCCUGGCGCCGCACCAAACAGGAGCCGCACGCCGCUCCGAUGCAUAAGCCUGGAACUGGGGCGGUUUACCUGUGGGAAACAGAGAAAGAUGCGGAUGAUACGCGUAUACUCCUCCUCGACAAUCUCGCUCGCAGUGUCUACGCAUUACUCAAAGACAAGCUUGGGUUUGGCGAGGAAAAACCCACGGCGGCGAUGAUGGCCAUCCAGCUCAACGACCCCUGCUGGCAGCUGAAAAUCGAUCCGCCGCUGCCCGCCAUGAUCUUUGCACCUACGAAUUUAAACUCGCUCUCCUCGGCUCCCCUUGACAUAGACCUAUGGCAGCCCCGGGUCCAACUCCUCCCGACUCGACCCUUCCGAGCCACCAAUGCCCGACGCGCACCCCCGUCAAGGUACCUCACCGCGGCAGCCCCUGUGGCCUCAAUUGCCACACUGCAACAGCAGGCCCCGCCACACUUUUCCCGUGGCCUACUUCCCAUUAGCGCCCUGCAAAUCACAAAACACCUGCGUGUUGAUCCUCCGCCCCCACCAGAACACUCGGACCUCCCGGUCUUCAACUUUCGCGUGUUGCCCGCCUCCAAUCCCGCGGGAACAGACGUAGUCGAGUCCCUCCCCUACGACCAGGACCUCGUCUUCUCAAUCGUCUACAAAUCCCACGCGCACGAGUGGGACCUCGCCGAGGCCGUCAUCAAGGUGCCCGUGGGCGACCCGACGAGGAAAUGCAUGACCCGCCGCUACCGCGGCCCGGGGGCGACGAUGCUCUCGAACCUGCGCUUCAACGUCCUGGCCUCGUACUCGAGCGCCGAAAAGUGCCUGGUGUUCAAGAUCGCGCCGCGGAAGGAGAAGUGGAAGGUCCCCGUGCAGCGCAUCAAGGAGAUCAGUUUCUUGCUGAGUCGCGUGCGCGUCCAGGCGUACCCGGGCAAAGUGGCCGAGGUGGACUGCUCUGCGCAUCUGACAUAUCAGGGCGAGUAUUUCACAUCGAAGCCUUUUAAGAUUCUCCUGGCUGCGCCGAAGAAGGUGGGAUCGUGA